UGAUGCGGCCACAGGAGGGGCUUGCCGGGCUCCGGCUCCUGUCUCUCCCCGGAGGGCUUUAGAGCGGCCACUCUUACACUUGUCAUGGAAUUAAAGAAAACUACCUCCAGGCCGUACCAUGCUGCUCUCCUGCUGCCACUUUUCCUCUUGUUCUGGGGAACUUCAUACUCUGAAAAUGACAGAAAUGGCUGUUCCUCGUCCCCGUGUGAGAAUGGGGGGAGCUGUAAGGAUUUGGAAGUGGGUUACCAGUGCACCUGCCCUGUGGAGCCUUUAGCCUACGUAGGUGUAAACUGUGAACUCCUCUACGAUGCUUGCACUGACCAUCAGUGUCCUGCCCACAUGAGCUGCAGCCGCACUCCAGGACUGCUGGAAUACCGCUGUGUGUGCGCCCCCGGCUCUGCGGGCGCUGCCUGUGCCGGCGUUGAUGAGUGUGAGAGCAGCCCUUGCACAGACCCUCGCUUUGAGUGUGUGGACAGCCCCAGCGGGUACAGCUGUAGGUGCCGGCGGGGCUGCGGGGCAGAGAGCUCCGCGUGCUCCAGCCAGCCCUGCCUGAACAACGGCACGUGUGUGGAGGCUGCGGGCGGCUACCGCUGCCUCUGCCCGCCCGGCUUCAGCGGGGACACGUGCGCGGACGACGUCGACGAGUGCGCGUCGGGGCCGUGCAGGAACGGGGCCAUCUGCAGGGACAGGGCGGGCGAGUACAGCUGCUUCUGCGUGCCCGGCUUCCAGGGCUCCCACUGCGAGAUCGACAUCGACGAGUGCGCGUCCCGGCCCUGCCGCAACCACGGCACCUGCCUCAACCACAUGGACCGCUACGAGUGCCGCUGUGCGCCCGGAUACGCAGGUGUGAACUGUGAUACUGAAAUAGAUGAAUGUGCUUCAGAACCUUGCCAGAAUGGGGCCCUGUGCAAUGAUCACGUUGGGUUCUACACCUGCACCUGUGCACCAGGUUAUGGAGGAGCCCAGUGCGAGGUGGACAUCAAUGAGUGUGAGAGCCAGCCCUGCCAGAGCAAUGGGACCUGUCAUGACCUCGUCAACAGCUACCGUUGUGACUGCAGUGACACCGGCUUCGAGGGGGCCCACUGCGAGCUGGACAUCCUGGAGUGUGCCUCUGACCCCUGCCACAACGGUGCCACGUGCCUGGAGGGAACCAAGGGCUACAGCUGUGCCUGCUGGCCAGGUUACACCGGGCAGGCCUGCGAGGAGGACGUGGACGAGUGUGUGACAGAGCCCUGCCACAACGGCGGCCUGUGCCUGCAGCGCUCCAACCCGGCCCACUACGGGACACAGCCCCUCUUCCCCAGCACCUUCAGCCACAGCCAGGCCGCUGGCUUCGUGUGCCAGUGCCUGCCAGGCUUCACAGGGGAGACCUGCUUCACCAACAUCGACGAGUGCGAGUCGCAGCCCUGCCAGAACGGAGGGCUCUGCCAGGACCUGGUGAACGGCUUCCUCUGCCAGUGCCCGCCUGGUUAUUCAGGUCUGGAAUGUGCUGUUAACAUCAAUGAGUGUGAGGAGGGUCCCUGCAAGAACGGAGCUGUGUGUGAGGAUGGCAUUGCUGACUAUUCCUGCCACUGUGUCCCUGGCCAGGACGGCGUCACGUGGGGAGGGAAGAACUGCUCUGUGCAGCUCACCGGGUGCCAGACGCACGACUGCCAGAACGAGGCCUUGUGCAUCCCAACCUACCAAGCUGAGAGCCACGGCCACCUGUGCCAGUGCCAGCCUGGCUUCUAUGAUGCCACGUGCUCAACACCAACAACGUUUUCCUUUGCUUCCAGAGGGCAUCUCCUCCUUGAGCUGCCCGAGAGCAGUGAGGGCGGGAGGGGCGCGGGAGGAGCCAGCGUGUCCCUGCGCUUCCGCACCACUCUGCCCAGCGCGCUCCUUUUUUACCGAGGCCGCGAGGCCGAGUACUUGUUCCUGGAGCUCGUGGAUGGCACCCUGCACGCAGAGCUGAAGAGGGAGGAGGUCGGGUACCCGCUGUUCCUAGAGGGGCUGAGAGUGGACGAUGGUCAGUGGCAUAAGGUGGAAGUUGCUGUGCAAAGCACGGUGCAGCUGAAGCUCUGGCACGGCUCUUGUGAGGCCGGGCUCUGCCUGCAGAGCUCUCCUGUCCCACCGGGCACUGCUUUGAUCCCACAAGCCUUCCUGAACCUGUAUCUCGGAGGCGCUGAGGAUCCAAUGGCCAACAACACAGGGAGCCAGCAAGGCUUUGUGGGCUGCCUGCAAGACCUGCAGGUGGACGCUGAGGCCGUGCUGCCGGCGCAGCUGGCGCUGGGGGCGCCGUCCCCGGCGCGGCCGGGCUGCGAGCGCACCGAGUGGUGCCUGUCCCAGCCCUGCCUCCACGGAGGGCUCUGCGUGGACCUGUGGGCCACCUUCAGGUGUGACUGUGCCAGGCCCUACGGGGGCCCAGCUUGCUCGUACGAGCACCCAGCAGCAACCUUUGGCCUAGAGAAUUCCACCAGCUUUGCCUCUUUGACGCUUUCUGAGAGCCUUGGUGCAGAUUUCAACCUCUCGUUUUUCCUGCGGAGCCGGAAGCCCGAGGGUUUGUUACUGCAGCUCUGCAAUGGGACAGGCCCCUGCCUCACCCUGUGCCUGAGGGGUGGCCAGCUCAGCAUAGGGACGUCACCCACAGACACCGUCACCCUUCCGGGGAAUGUGGUCGAUGGGAGGAGACAUUUGGUGGCCCUGUCUUUCCAGGGAGGCUCUGUAGGUGCUCUGCAGUCAGACUCCUUUGUGGGGCUGGGGCAGCUGCCAGCACCAGCCCUGGGCGCUGGCUCUGAGGUGUUUAUCGGGGGACACCCGAACCCCGCCAGUGCCGAGCCCUGGGGGGGACACUUCAAGGGCUGUUUGCAGGACAUCCAACUCAACAGCCACCAGAUCCAGUUCUUCCAGGUGGAGAACAACAGUUUGCCAGAGGAACUCAAUAGGACUCAAACUGGAAAUCUUGUCAAUGGCUGCAUCUCUGAUGACACCUGCAAGUCUGAGCCAUGUCAGAAUGGUGGCAGAUGCAUUGUCACUUGGAAUGAUUUCCAUUGCAGCUGUCCAGCAAAUUUCACUGGGAAAUUUUGUGAGGAGAAGGUGUGGUGUGAAAGUGACCCAUGUUCUGAAGCCACCACCUGCGUAGACGUUGUGGCAGGAUACGUGUGUCUGGCUAAUGCAACAUUUCAUGGUUACGCUGCCAUAGAAUUUACUGCCAACACGUCAGUGACCAGAACUCUGAGCAGCCUCCACGUGGACUUCAGAACCAGAGAUGAAGAUGCUGUUUUGCUUCGGGCUGUGGAGGAGGUGGAUUCCCUGCAGGUAGCCAUUAAGAAUUCCUCCCUGCUUGUUGACAUCAGGAGCGGGAACAGCGUGGAGGGUGUCACCUUCCUGAGCGCACAGCCCGUCACGGACGGGGCCUGGCACAGCGUCUCCGUGUCCAUGGAGGAGCCGGCCGCGCCCUCGUCCCGCUGGCUGCUGCGCCUGGACGCGUCGGUGAACGUGACUCUGCCGGGACACGCCGGCAACCUGGACUUCCUCAAGAACGACGCCCUGGUCGUCGUGGCCGAGAAUUUCACCGGCUGCCUGGGCCGGGUGCAGAUCGGGGGGAUCUUCCUGCCCUUCCUGGCGCACCGGCCGUACCCGCAGCCCGAGCAGUUCCAGCAGGCCGGCGCGGGCAGCGUCCAGCUGGGCUGCUCCGGGGCCGACGUGUGCGCCUCCAGCCCCUGCCUCAACGACGGCGCCUGCGAGGACCUGUUCAACGCCUUCCGCUGCGGCUGCAGCGCGGGCUGGGCCGGGCAGCGCUGCGAGGCCAACGUCGAUGACUGCCAGCCCAGCCCCUGCGUGCACGGGGACUGCGUGGAUGCCGUGGCGGAUUUCCAGUGCGAGUGCUUCCGGGGCUUCAUCGGGAAACGGUGCGACAUCAACGUGGACGACUGCGUGCGGCACCAGUGCCUGAACGGAGCCACCUGCGUCGACGGCGUUUACGGGUACUCCUGCAAGUGCCCCCCUCAGUACUCCGGGCCUCGCUGCGAGUGGCCGUUCCCCCCUCAGCAGUGUGGCAAGAACUUCACCUGCCUGAACGGUGGCCGGUGCAUCACCGAGAGCUGGGGAGCCAACUGCUCCUGCAGGCCCGGCUUCACUGGGAGGAACUGUCAGAUCAACAUAAACGAGUGUGAUCCGAACCCGUGCCAGAACGGGGGCACGUGCCAGGACUCUGAGAACAGAUACGAGUGCGUGUGCAGCGCCAGCUACACCGGCGAGCGCUGUGACAUCAACCAGCGAGUGUGGGCGCACCUCAGCCACUCCUCGGUGGUGGGAGCAGUCGGGGCUGCGGGGGCCGCCCUGCUCCUCGCAGUGGCUGUAGCCACGGCGAUUGCCAUGAAGAGGAGGAGAGCGACUCAGGGGACCUACAGCCCGAGCCGGCAGGAGAAGGACGGGGCCCGCGUGGAGAUGUGGAACGUGAUCAAGAUGCCCCCGACGGAGCGGCUGAUCUGAGCGCGGCUCAGCCCGGGGCUGCCGCAGGAGCUGCCCGGGGGCCGUGGGCGAGGGGACAGCCCUGCACGGCCUCAGGCACUGCCCGCUGGCACUGCCCGCUGGCACUGCCCGCUCCCCUGCUCCAGCAGCUGCUCACCCCACAAAGCAUCCCUGGCAAACUGCUCUGGCAGCAAAACAGCAGCGCUGGGGAGGAAAACUUGCACUGCCCAGGGCACGAGGGGAGGGAGCAGUGGCCAUGGCACAGGGGGGACACGGAACCAGAGAGAAGGUGGGGCUGUGUCACAGCCAGAGCUGGCUGGGCCCCUGCUCCUGCAGGCAACAGAAAAACCACCCUGAGGCAGGUCCAGCGAAUGGGAAUUAAACCACUGUAUUCAGAAAUAAUGUGAAUAAUAAGGGUUUUCAAAAAGACACGUGCCUGUGGUUCCUCUGCAAGGCUAAGCCAGGUGAGUGACUGGUGGGAAUCCUUCCUAGAGCUGCUGCUGCCCUUCCAGCUGGCAUGGCAGCAAGUGCCACUGGGCUGUGCUGGACACGGCUGUUGGAGCUUUCCCUGGGACUAGCCCAAACCACGGGAAUAUCUAAGUGCCUUUCUGACCCUGAGUGCCAGUUACAGUUAACCUUUGUCAAGGAGGGCGGUUCCACGGAGUUUGAUCCGGCUCUGCCACUCCCGAGCAGGGGCUUGGAGCUGGCCCUGGAACUGACCCUUGUGAGGGCCAGGGCCGAGCAUCAGGCGGGACCUGCUGGGUGAGGAGGGGAGAAAGAAAGAGCUCUACAGGUCUGACAGAUUUGGGCUUGGUACAGAAGAGUGGAAUUGAGUUAACCAAUCCUUUGACCCAAACCAGGGUUGGUGUGACACAGCAUCUGCAAUAGAAAGGGGCUUGAUUUUGUGGCUUCACUUCUCCUGUGUUAGUUUUAGCUGUUGAAGGUUCUGUUUCUUCUUUAGCAUAAUGUGGCAGAGGCUGUGGAAAGAAAUGCAGCACAGCAGGCCAGGUAAGGUCUAAAGUCAUUGGUGUUUCAGGAUUAUCACUACAACUAUCAAUGAGGAAUAUUUCAAAAUACUGUCUGCUUUUUAAUCUCCAAAGUACUAUUAAAAAUCAGGGUGGGAACCUGCCUGCUGUAGCUCAUUGCCACAAGAAGAUGCUCAUCAUUCAGGUCUGCUUUUUGGAUUUUUUUUCUACUGUAGCUGUCAAUGUUUCUGUAAUUGCAAGCAAAGGGAGGGGCACAGAACUACCACUCACAUGUGUCCGUUUAAGAACAAGUGUGUCUGAGAAAGAACAGGUCUCUGCAACAGGCAGCCGACAGCAGAAUGAAAAUUUUAGAAAACAGAAAAAACAAAGGAGUGGGAGACAAUAUUUUAUGUGUAGGAUCACUUUCCCUCUAGCAGUGAAGAGUGGAAGGUGUGAUGGCAGCUGGCUGUGCCUGGGAGGCAGCCGGAGCUGGCAGUGACAGAGAUGCCCUGGCUGCAGGUGGAGCCUGUGGCUGCUUUCCUCUGUUCAUCAGCAGUGACUCUGCUGGCUCUGUCCCUGCCCUUUGGGGAGCUCCAGCGCGCUCUGGGAGCAGAGCCAGGGGCACUGCCCGGUCCCUUGUGGCAGGGGCCUUUGGGGGCAGGUGAGGGGGGUUUCCCUUUGUGUCCAGGAGGCUGCAGGGCAGCAGAGCUGUGCCAGGACUGUGGGGCUGCUGGGCACAGACAGAAACCUCUCCUUGGCCCCUGUGCUGCCAGGCAGAGCCGCUGUGGCCUCCUGCAGCCCGGGGAUGCAGUGAACUCCUGGGGCUCGGGGGGUCUGGGGUGUGCCACCUCCACCCCAGCACCCCAGGGCAGGUCCUGCUUCUGCUUUUUCACUGCACGUUUGGUGUUCACACUGCACAGGAAUGAGGCAGCAGCAGCAUCUGGCAGAGCCCCUGUUCCCCAGGCCGUGUUCCCAGAGCUCCCCGAGCUCCUGCAGUUCCCUGGAGGUCCCUGGAGCCCCGGCAGGUCCGGCCGUGCCCCGCAGCAGCUCCUUGGCUGCACUGCAAGCACCCAAAGCCAGUAUUAGCAAAGGUGUUAAAAUACUCUUGUCAGUGUCUUGAGCAUUUCUGCAAAAUAAUUUAUGGAAGGUGGGGUUUUUUUCAAUAAUGAACUUAACUUUCUUUUGAUAUUUAAUUUUUGAAUAUAUUUUUUCAUAAAACUGGACUUGGUGUAGUUAAUUAUCAUGAUCCUGAUUUCUUUUGUAAUUGUAAAUUUUAUAAUUUGUAAAUAAUUAGAAUGUCCUUCAAAAGAAAUUUACAAUAAAACUUGGUUAAAAACAGA